AUGAUCCAUGCCGUGCUUAUAUUUAACACCUCCGGUGUGCCACGACUGACGGAGUUCUAUACGCCCGUACAGCAGUCCGCACAGACGCUUGUUCAGAAGAUUUUCGCGCUCAUCUCUGCACGACCCGCGGGCCUGUGUAACUUCCUCGAUGCACCCGAGCUUGAGGCACAUCUGGCACCAAAGGGCAGCGUCAACGAUGCAUCCAUGCCCCGAUCUGAUUAUGAACGAUGGCGCGUCGUGUACCGCAAUUACGCAACGCUCUACUUCGUCUUUGUUGUCGAUGGUGCGGAGAGUGAGCUUGGGAUUUUGGACCUGAUUCAGGUCUUCGUUGAGUCUCUCGACCGCGCAUUCGAGAACGUCUGUGAACUCGACUUGGUUUUCCACUUUGACGAGGCCCAUCACAUCCUUUCUGAAAUCAUCCAAGGUGGUCUUGUAUUAGAAACAAGUGUGGAAGAAAUUCAUAAUUCUGUUCAAGCGGCAGCAAAGGCAAGACAAGAAUCAUAUGCGUCAGCAAACCCACUUUCGCUGAGUAGCGGCGCGGUUCUUGGCCAACGGAGUGGCUCACUUGGAACGUCGCUAGGCUGGCUCACAGGCAGGUUAGGCGUGAUACGAUGA